AUGUCAGCUAAAGAAUUGUUAAUUCAACUUUUUGCCUUGCCUAAAGGUGAAAUCAUCUUUCAUGACUAUUCCUGUGCUCUCAAAAGCUUAAUCUCCAAGUAUGGUAGGAUUUUCAUAGCGGAGAAUCACAUUUGUUUUUAUGCCAACUUGGCUGGGAGUAAGAUCAAUUUAGUAUUCAAACUGAAUGACAUCCAAAGAAUAGAGAGUAAGAAUAAAAAUGAUAUUGAAAUCACCUUAAAUAAUAAUAAGGUGUAUUGUUUUACUAGUUUUUAAAAUAAGGAUCAUGUGUUCAAUUUUAUGAAUGCAUUAUUAUAAGGCUAACCUCUUAGCACCUUCAGUGAAUCCACAGUGCCUACUGAAACAUCAAACAGUGAAUAAUCAACAGUUGAUAAUACUGAUGUCGAAAUUCAAUUUUUGAAAUCAGAAUCCUCAAAUGACUAAGAAAUCUGCAAAUUCACAUUCCCUUUUUCAUUAGAUAAAUUCUUCGAUUUCUUCAUAGCCGAUAAUGCUUCUUUGUAUUCGGUGUAUGAUCAUCGUUAAAAUGAAAAAGACACUGAUAUGAAUUUAACCAAGUGGACAGUCAAUGAAGAUGUUUCAGAUAUGUACUAACGAGAAAUGAAACAUGUUAUGAAACUCACAGGAGUGCCCUUCAAAGAUAAGACCAGAAUGCACAAAUUGUUCACUUAUAAAAGAGAUCAGCAAAAGAUAAAUUAUACUUGCACCACACACACCUUAGAUGUUCCCUAUGGAAAUUGCUUUUAGGCUGAGGAAAAGUGGGAAGUUACUCAACUAGAAGAUAACAAAUGUAUUCUUAGAGUGUUUGUGUCAGUUGUCUUUACUAAGUCUACAAUAAUGAAAAAUACAAUUAUAGGUAGAACGAUGGCAGGAUAUAAAGAAGAUUAUGAAAAGUGGAUCAAUAAUGUGAAACUCAGAUUAGAAACCUAGGCUAAGUAAUCUAAAUCAUAAACUACCUAUUCAACUCAUGAGUAUGAAGAAUCUAUGAAACUAGAUAAUGAAAAUAUUUUUAGCAAAAUUCUGAAAAAAUCUACUUCUGAUCUUUCAAUCUAAAAAGAAAAGAGUGGAUUGCCUUCUAUCUCAAUUCAAAAGGAAGCUGGCUUCGUAUUGUUAAUAGCAAUAAUGAUUAUUAUUAUGUUGAUCUAAAUAGCAAUGAUGAGUAAUCAAUCAACAAGGCUUGAAUAACUAGAAUAAAUACUUUUGCAAAAUCAAUAACAAAGAUUUUUAUUAUUGAAUGAUCAAUUAUGA